AUGGACCACUUCGUCACCCCACUUCCUCCAGCCGAAAGCGAAGCGAACAGGGUCGAGUAUCAACCCAACAACAUCGAGGCCGAGGCCAACAAGCAGCGCAGGAAAGUCCAGAACCGAAAGAACCAAAGGGCACAUCAGCCCACUGCUCAAGAUGUGGCAAUCAACGCAUCGAUAUCCAUUCCUGAUCGCACUGUAGACCUCUGGAAGCCGCCUACAUACACUCCGGGUCAAGCUCCCACUACGCUAACACCCCCGUCCAUGGUCUUUCCCCUCUCUACGGACCACCUCCUUCACCUAGUUCAAUACAACGUCUUCCGAGCCUUUGUCUCAAACAAGCGUACUCUAAACGCGCUUCUUACAGGGUGGACAAACGAUAUGCCUCCUUCCCCAACCACAUGUCCCAUCAGCCUUCCUUACAUCGACGACACGAACAUCUAUCCCUUGAAUCCCAAUAUACCUCCUUCACUCUUCCCGACUCGCAUCCAGCAAGAGCGUUUGCACUCUUUCUGGAUCAACCUCUUUCCUUUUCCUUCAGUGCGCGACAACCUCAUCAGGCAUGAGGGACUCUUCGAUCCCUGGGAACUAUUGCAGGAUCUCAUUGGCGAGCUCAUGGGUGCUACGCCAAUGCAAGAGCGACGAGGUACGCCUCUUGCUAUCAGAGUUUCUGACCCUAAGGUCGUGUCGAUACCGCCGACCGCAGUAGUAGGACGUGAUGAGGAUGAGGUUACUGCGGGUCGCAAGGGACUCGUUGUUUGGGGUGAGCCGCACGACAUGAAGAGUUGGGAGGCUACCCCUGGCUUUCUGGCUAAGUGGUCAUGGGCCGUACAGGGAUGCGACGAUUUGCUUGUAUCUAGUAACCGCUGGAGGUUGAUGAGGGGAGAAGAACCUUUGCGUCUUCCUUUGAUGGAAAAUUAG